AUGGCGGACUACGUACAACGCUUUACGAAAUCACUCACUCGUCGUCUUCAAGUCCGCCGCGUGAGAUUCGACGAGCAGAACCUGAAAUACGAUGAGAAGAAACACGAUCUGAUCCCAAACCACAAUCACUCGCCCCGGCCACGCAAUGCCAACGACACGUUCCUGGAGAAGAGACCUGUUCUUGCGGUGCUGGUUGCAUUAGCAACAUUAUUCGCCAUUCUGGUAUUGCGUUCUUGCCUCACAGUGCCACUUGAGCAAUAUGAGGCGUCAAGUGGUGCUGGCCAACGAUAUAUGCAAUUGGUCAUACCCAUCAACCGGAAAUCUGAUGUCGACCUCUGCAAGACGAUCCUCUCCGCUCAGGUGCUGAAUUAUCCCGUCCCAGUCAUUGUGCCAUGGGGCAACUCGUCAGAUGGCACUCCUGUUGCGAAGAGGAAACGUAUGUACAACAAGGUCGCUCGUAUAUAUGCAUAUCUCAGUACUUUGCCACCGGAGGCAGAAGAUGCUGUAACCGUACUGCUCGAUGGUCCCGAUUCGUGGUUCCAGCUGCGGCCAGACAUGUUACUGCAGGCCUACUAUCGAAUUCUCCGACGGCAAAACCGAAAGCUCUGGAAGACUUUCGGGGACGAGAUCGAGCAAAAGGUCAUAUUUUCUGCCUACCACGACUGCGGCUCAAGGAACGCAGAUGAUGCCGUCUGUCAAGCUGUCCCAGAUGCUCCAUACGAGGGUGGGCCGCGGUUUUUGGGCCAUGGAGCUGUGGUUGGUCAAGCCAAGGAUAUUCGUGAGAUUGUUCGGCGUGCUUUGGACAAGCUGGAGUUGGCACCGAACGCCCCUCCAAAGCUCUUGCCAGUAUACACGGAGGUUUUUGGGGAGCAGGAGGCACGACGCAAACGAAUCCAGCAGAGUCCAACCCACAAUGACUUAGCUGCCGAGCUUGGGAUAGGGCUUGAUUAUUACAAUGAGCUCGGGCUUUCAGUGUCAGCAGAGACUAUUCCCAACUGGCAAACUCCUCGAAAACUACUACGCGAGCUCGAGUCCACCAUGCCACCCUACUGGACCGUUUCUGGUCGGGAGCCUGGUCUUCCUCAUGACACACCUUGGGCGGACGUCAAACUCCUCACAGGCUACAACAAUUCUCUUCCAGCAAUGAUCCAUCACUGGCCGACUGUCGCUCUUGGUGGAAAAGACGCCACGGGCAAUCGAAAGACCUGGUGGAGCGAUCUCUGGUUGGCGGAACAUGCUCGUGCGCUCUUCACCGCUUCAGAGCGACUUCCUAGCACUGUCGUUGCCCAGGUCCAGGACGACAAAGGCGAGGACUUACUUUUUUGGAACCGGCAGCCCAAUCACAAUCGAAUGGGUGCCUGGACGCCUGAGUGGAAGUUCUCGUAUUGGUCGGACAUGUGCGGGAGAGAUGAGCAGUGGAUGGAGGUCUUUAGAGACGAGGCUGGACCUUGGAAGAGGACUGACUUUUUCUGAUGGGGUCGAGCAUGCUAGCUGGCGUUAUUUUUUCCAAGGCGUUGGAUCUGUCUUUACUUAGACUAGGUACAUGUCGAAUCAUGCGGCGUUUGACCCGUUCAGAAAUUCAAUCAAUCAUCACAAUUGACAUGUAUCCUCUACACUUGGUUUUUCCCAAAUCGCAACAUUUACAGAUGCAAAGUUUGUGUCACAUCUAGUAUCUCUAAGAACCCCCAUCCCCAACUCCAUGCUCGUAAAUGAAAACGUGCAUAUAUAUAUUUCGCUCCAUUCUCAAGGCUCUUUACCCGUAUCUACAACAUCCUCCUGGUCGACCUUCUUCUCGCCAUCCUCGGAAGCUUUCGUCGCUUCCGGUGCCGCAGUCGAAUCCGUCGCUGCAGUCUCUGUCAAGGUAGCGGUUGCUGAUUGCGUCUCCACGGCUUCGGACUUUGUUAUCGGUGUCUCUGCAGCUUUGGCUUCCCCAGUCCUCAUCGCAGCUACAACCUCGGUCGCUUCAAGGUUGUCCGACUUCGGGCUUGCAGCCUUCUGCUCCACCGCCGCCGCUUGUGUCUGGGUUGACUGCUUCUCUACUUCAGUCGAAGUUGGUAGUAUUUCUGUUGCUGCUGUUGUUGCUGCUUGAGUCGACUGUGUCUGAGGAACAGCUGGAGCUGGAUUUCCCGCCGCAACUUUAUCUUCGCUCGGUGCAUUCGCCUUUGGCAUUGUUUUCUUCUCCGUAUUCUCUUUCAGGAUCUUAAUGUUGUCCGGCUUGUCCUUGAUUUUCUUCAAAUCCUUGAGAGCAAGUUCUUUCUGCUUCUCAAGUUUUGGCGGCGAGCCGUUAUCCUGCUUCUUGUCCGGAUUGUCUUGUGCUGCAGGUGGAAUCUGGCCUUCCGAUGGCCCAUCCUCUUUCUUCUCUUCCUUCAUGGGCUUCUGUGCCGCAUCGGCCUUAGCUUUCGCGAGCUUCUUUUCUUUCGCAUCGUCAAUGCGUUUCAACUCGAUCAUCUUCAGCUGCUCGUCUUCCGGCAAAGAGUUGUAGAAGGCAACGUUGGAAUCCCAGAGCGCGACACACUCUGCGUCCCAAUUGCACUUUUCGAUCUCGUCGUAGACUGGAUGCUUGAAGCGCUGGUGCUUGUCUGUCCAAGAAGAAGCAUGGAAGUGGUGCUUGACGAGUGCUCGGCUGCCCUUGUGAUUUCCUGAUCUUGAAUGCCCUGUUCCCGCAGCAAACGCCUCUGACGGUAAGACCAGAACUCCUCCGACUAACUGAGAGUCGACCAGAUCGUGAAAAUCACUCCAUUGGAUGUCUUCGCCCUCAGAGAUCGACAUCUCUGCCAAGAUCGCAGCUGUGAAAGCAGAAGGACCAGUACCACUCAGCACU